AUGCCUCUCCUCGUCGGCCUCCUUCGCUUCGCCGCCCUCACUCUCCCUCCGCCCACUCUCACUGCACGCCGCUGCUCUCCUCCGCGCCGCUGCUCGCCACCAUCGAUGGCCGACGCGGAGGCGGCUAGGGCGGAGCGUCUCCGCGCGCUCGGCUUCGACUACCAAUCGGAGCUCUCGCGCGUCACGAGCGUGAAGCAGCCCGUCAAGCAGCCCCCGCCUCCAGAGUGGCUCGCCGAGGCCGACGCCGCCCGCCGGUACGAGCUCUGGCUCGAGGAGGGAGGCGCUCGCUGCGACGCGGUCAACGUGGUUCCCGCCGGCGACGCGGAACGCUUCGCGCUCGUCACUUCCCGCGCCGUCGCGGAGGGGAGCACGUUAUUCGAGGUGCCGGCGAGCAUGCUUCUCACUGCGGACGUGGCACUUCGCGACAGGACCCGUCGGCCGACGAUCGGCCGGGACCUGUCUCGCAUCGAGCAGCAGCAGCGGCAGCGGGGUGGCGCGUCGGCGGCGGACCGGACGGGCUUCGAGACGUUCGCUCUCGCCGCAGUGCUCGCGGCGGAGCGCGUGCAGCGCGGCGCCGCGUGCGGCGCCGCACUCAUCGCGCAGCUGGUAGAGCCGGUGGCGCGCAGCGCGUGGAUGCGGACCACGCAGCGCAGCGGCGUGGCGCAGGCGAGGAGGAGGAGAGGCGAGGCCCGUGCCGGCGACGCUCUGCUGCUGGCGAUGGAGGCGCAGUUCGGCCCUCCCCCCUCUCUCGACAGCGCGUCGGGGGAGCGGCGGUGCGUCGCGACUCGCGAUUUGCCAGCCGGCGCCCUCGUGAUCGCUGCCGACUACCGGGAGGAGGAGCGGCCUCCCGCGGCAGGCGACCGGGUGACGGUCGUGUCUGGCGCGCUGAGCGGGCGGGCGGGCGUGGUGGCGCGGGUGCGGGAGGAGGACGCUGCGGCGGUGGUUCGCUUCGACGGGUCGGACAAGCUCGUGGUUCUGGCGCCGAGCAAGCUCCGCGUGCAGGGCGCGAGGCCGCGCCGCAGCCAGCUGAUGUAG